CGCAAGGACAGAUGCACAGCAGAGCUGAAUUGUUCCAGCAAGGAGAAAGUGCUGCCUCCUCUCGACCCUGUGCAACAGAUUGAAGAGCAUGUGAGGUAUGACAAUGGAUGAUUUGGAUCACAGCAUGCACAUCGCCCAGUUCGACUGGACCAGCUUCUAUGAUGACAGCGAAGAGUGCGGCCUGCUGCAGCCUUCGCUCGCCUGCCCCGAUAACUCCAGCCUCAGUGAGGAAGAGGAUUCGGAAAACUCUGGUCCAGGCCUCAGGGCAGUUCAGCAGGAAAUACAGCAGAGCCCUGAUGUGACCAGAGCUGAGAGAGAGGCUGCAGGAGAAGAGGGACUGAAUGAGAGCGAACAAGUGGCGAGUGAGACACGGGUGGACUCUGAAAGAUGCCUUGAAAUCCUCAGCACGAAAGAGGUGCAUGCAAAGACUGCAGAGGACAUCACGGAGGAGACAAAUAACAACAUUGCUCUGCACACUGAAACAUCAAGUUUUCAUUGUUCAGGAGAUUGGAAGGAGCUGAAAAAAGAGGAUGACGAUCUGCAAACAGAAUUUAAGAAUUCCAGACAUGAACCUGAUCCACUGUUUCUCAAGCAAGUGGAUCAAAAUGUGAAUGAUCCACAUAGUACAGCUGUGAGUGACAUGAGCAGUAGCGUCACCUCAAGAGCAGAGAAGGAGCGCUGGUUUGUGACAAUGAAUUACAAUCCUGCACGACGACGAGGGCGUUCCACCUCUGUGAAAAAAAAACGACGACAAAGAAAGGCCUGUAAAAACAAUCACCCGUGCAGCAACACGCAGGAGAAAUCUCUUGAAAAUGGACCAGAGUUUGAGUUAAACAAAGAUAAAAAUGAAUCUGCAGGAGGGACGGACAACAAAAUGACACAUGAGAGCAUUUCAGAUAUGCAUGUGUCAGAAAAACUGGUUAUCUCUCAUUCCCCCGAGGAAUCUGACAAAAACAACCAGGAGGUAGGCACCUCAGCCUCCUCGUCACAUGACACAUUCACACCCAGACACCCUUCAUCAGUGGAGAGUGAAGAGUCAGAAGAGUUUGACGAUGGUGUUGAGUUCUUUUCUGUCCACAGUUAUGACUCUGAAAGCUAUUUGUCUGCUGCUGAAUCAGUGGAGGAAUCUCAGCAGCUUCGGCCUGUGGAUUUAAUGCAGCUGCAGAGCUCUGUGUCUCUGACGCUGCAGAUUGAGAGAGAAAAUGAUGACAUUACACAGGACAGACAAAUGCAGAGCUCGCUCUCCUGCAAUGUAGCAGCUGCCAACUGUGAAAGUUAUGAAUGCAAUGACGUUGAGGAUGCACUGACUUUUCCAUCUGAUGGCCAAAGAACCGACAAAAUGCCAGACGACGACUCCACAUGUGAUGUUAGCACAGACAGCACGGCGCUCCACACGCUCUCGGACACAACAGGAGUCCACAAUGACAAAAUUAAUCUUUCAGCAUGUGGUGGCUCUUCAGGAGAUCAGCACGGUCUCCUCCCUAUCCCUGAUCUAACUGUAACACCUUGCUCUCUGGCAGACAGCCCUGAAUCCUACGCUGUGGCUGCAGGCCACAUUAAACCUGUGUACGCCAUGUCUGCCUUCUGGGAUGAAAUGGAAAAACUGACGAUAAAUGACAUUUUGCAGCUCAGGAUGGGGAAAAGCUCGCCUCCCACUGACACACAAGAAACACUGACAGCAAAUGUUAAUGAGUCUCUAACAAGUCACAGCUCUCUGGGUGACAGUGGACUCAUGGAGCUGUCGGACACGGCUGAUUCAGAUUAUUUCACACAGCCUGACGAGUCCAAGCCAGAUCGCUCCAGCUGCGAGUUCUCCACCUCAGACUUUGAAGAGGAGUACUGGCAAUUUAUUGGUGCCAGUAGGAACCCCAGUCCUGAUACUCAGAGUAAAACCCACGACAGGACGAGUGAAUCUCCUCUGUUAUCACAUGAGGAGGAGGAGUCCAUGAGCUCCGAGGGAAAGGAGACACCCGUCCCUUUGGAGGACUUUGUGGAACAGUUAUUUGAGGAUCAGGAGUCAAGUACUUUGAGCAAACUCUCCUGGCCGAGACAGAUAACAAAAAGUAAAAGUGUGCACAAGGUACAAGCUCUCAACAAAGAGGAUUUGACUGUUCCCUUUGGGGAUGAUGAGAGCAGUCUGUUUCUCAGCGGGUGUCAGUCUCUGGAGGUCAGUGGUGACCUGGGAACACUACUGCCAACACCUUUUCUCGACACAGAUCAUCAAAUAUCCUUCCCAGAAAUGUUUGAAUACUUUUUCACAGAGGAUGAAGUAAAGAAUGACUCCUGGUCCGUCACUGUGUACAAUCCUUCGGGCAUCUCACUGUCUCCUCUGUUUGACUACACUCUUUGCUCAUUGAGGGACGAUCUGUCUCUCUCUUCCCUCCAGUGCAGCGAGGACAAACCCAUCCCUAUCUUCUCCUGUUGUUCUCCAACCGUCAGAGAACUCACAUUCCCAAAAUCGGACCAUGUUUUCUUGAGUGCAGACUGCAGGGCAGAGGAGGAGGUGGGCAACUUCUCUCCAAUCAGAGUCAUGUCUCACUCUUUCAUCCGGGCCAAUCACUGUGGGACAUCUGCAAAAGCCGCAGCUCGGUCUCACAGCUGGAGGAGUUUGCUGUCAAUGAGAAAGAUUCGGUUCCAUGACAAAGGUAGCAUGUGGUGCGGGGGUUCUGGCGCCUGGAUGUUUCCAUUGGGGCCUGAGAAGAUAGAGGGCAAUGAUCCACCAGUCACUGUGCUCACUGAGGGAAAAGUCUCCCUGACUCCUUCUCAGAGGUUCAGAGAGCAAACAGAGCUGCAGAGCUUUCUGGGAAGUCUACAGACAACAAGACGAGAGGGCAUUUUCUCCACACUGAAGCAGUCUGAUAUGUGUUUGGUCUGCAUUGCCUUUGCCUCCUGGGUGCUGACAUCUUCUGAUCCAGAGGCUGCUGAUGCCUGGAAAGCAGCUCUGCUGGCGAACGUUAGUGCGCUCUCGGCCAUCCAGUACCUGCGGCGGUAUGUGAAGAAGAUGAGACCUCAAGACAAUCCCUGAUACAUAAUGUACACAACAAGUCACUUCCAAGCACUUUUCACCUGGGUCCAUCUAUAAAAACUGUACUGCACUGUAUGUAUAUGUACUUAUCAGCUAAAUAGCUCCUGUUACAGUGUUGGUGUUGCAUUGGAGGUCAAAUACAACACAAUCUGAGCUCAUGUUAAAUUUUUUAGCUUCAAACUAGUUGGACAGAUGACACACUGAUGUACAAUAUUUCUUAAAUGAAGGCAAAAGAUAAAGAUUAGAAAUAUGAAAUAUAAAGACUAAAAUACAAAAUAUGAUAUAUGUAAUUUUAGUAUAAAAACAUCAACAUGUCCAAUUUGUUGGCAGACUGAAGAUUUUUAUCUUCCAAAGAAAAGAAUGAGUAUUAGGAUUAAGUGCCAAAGGCAGGGUUAGGAGCACAUAGUUGCUUUCGUUGUUUUUGUGGGAUUCGUUAUAAACAUUUCAGCUGCAUUUCAAACUUAAGUUGAUCAGCUCUGGACAAACUGAAGUUGAUUUACGGACCAUAUCGUCAGCACAGAAGCUCAUUUGUUUUUAACACUGCCUCAAUCGUGGAUCUGAAAGUUAAACAGCUGCAGUCAAGCUAAAAUGUAACAGCAGCUUGUAUGUUUUUGAUGAACUGCUGCAAGAGUGUGUGAGCCGUCUUUGUAGAAAAUGAAAAUGGGGAUAAAAGCCCGAAGGGAAGUUAUGAUGCAGAUGUUGAUCUGGUUGAGAGAAAAGAUGAAGGUGGCUGAGCUGUGGAGGAUUUGAAAGCUUUGUCUGAAAGUGGUUCACAACAUUCUUUCCUUUGUGCCUCUUUUAUUAAAACCUAUGUUUGUGUGAGAUGAAAACAGUUCAGAGGGAUUUUUCAUGUUUAGACUGUUACAUUGGAAAGAAGGAAAGUAGCACUGUACCAUAUUAAGUAAAUAAGAAAA